CUAAGGCUCUUUUACAAAAAGAAACAAUAUUUCAUGUAUAAUUUAAAACUUAAAUAUCCUACGUGCGAUAAAAAAAUUUUUCAUGGAAGAGUUUCUGAGAAAACCUGAAAUAAGAAGAAUUACAAGAGAUGUUCCACCAGCUCACUAUAUAUUCAGUAUAGAGUCAUUCUCUUUAUUGGUUGAUACAGGGGUGGAGAAGUAUGAAUCCCAUGCAUUUGAUGUUCAGAAUUAUAAAUGGAGGUUGUCACUCUACCCCAAUGGAAACAAGAAAAGCAAUGGCGAAGGCUUCAUCUCUCUUUACUUACAAAUUGAAGACACCCAAUAUUUUCCUCGUACUUGGGAAGUAAAUGUUAACUUUAGGUUUUUCAUUCUUGAUCAAAUUCGUGACAAAUACUUAACCAUUGAAGAAAGUGAUGGGGUGAUUAAACGAUAUUAUCAAAUGAAAACUGAAUGGGGCAUUGCUCAAUUGCUGUCUUUGGAUCAUUUCAAUGAAACUUCAAAUGGAUACCUGGUUGAUGAUUGUUGCUCAUUUGGGGUUGAAGUAUUUGUGAUCAAACAAACGGGGAAAUUGGAACGUCUUUCAAUGAUGAAGCAGCCACCCAACAAUAUCAUAACCUUCCAACUCCGACAGUAUUCAGCGCCAUUCUAUGAACGCUAUACCUCUGAUGUUCAAACUAUUGGAGACUCAAAAUGGGAAUUGAUAGUUUACCCUAGAGGAAACGGAACAGCGAAGAACAAUGCACUUUCUGUGUUCUUGGGUUUGGUUGAGGCUCAAAAGCUUCCACCUAAAGGAAAAGUGUACGCAAAAUACAAGUUUAGGGUCAGAGACAGUUUCAAUUCCAUUAACACCAGGGAAUUUACAGAUUCAGCUUGGUUUACUGCAUCAUGUAUUGGAUUCGGUUCUCGACACUUCAUUUCACUGCGGGAUUUACAAGACAGAUCAAAAGGCUACAUUGUUAAUGAUACUUUGAUAGUUGAAGCUGAUAUUAUUAUAGUUUCUAAUGUCAAACUUUUCUUAUGAUUUCAGUGUUUUUGAUAUAUGGGUCUUGUUACAACAAAUAUAAAACCAAAGGGGUGAGGUUGAGUUGAGUUA